GUUAAGCAGCGUAUUUCCUCACUAUCACCAAGGUAAAAACAACAAAUCGAGAGUUGGAAUUUUAGAACUCAGUAAGAAAAACCCACACAGAUCUUAUGGGUUUUCGGUCUUGAAGUUGAAGAUGUGGGUAUCUACUUAAAACAGCUAAUCUAAAUCAGGAAUUUCGUUUUCUGACACCGACCUAACCAAAAGUUCGGUUCUUUCAGAGGCUAUUGGGUGUUGUCAGAUUUGGGUAUGGCUUGUAUGUUACUGAGAUGAAUUUUGGGUUAAGAAAUGUUGUUGUAUUUGUUAUCAGUAGAUGUAAAUUCAGCAAUUUUUGUGAAAAUUUUAGCUUUUUCUUCAGUGGAGAUGUGUUAGAAGAGAAGUAAGACAUGCAUAUAGAUCUAUAGUGCUGAAGGUUUUAUUUGCUAUAUAAACUGUUGUAUUUUUGUUUGGAAGAUAUUAUAAUGGAACAAUUCCAAGGGCGAGACUCAACUCCACGGGCUGGGUCGAUUGAUAAAUCCAGGGUUUUGGAGAUAAAGCCAUUGCGGUGUCUUGUUCCAAUAUUCCCCUCUCAACCAAAUUUUACUUCAUUCAAUACACCUCAGGGUGCUGCCCCCUUUGUUUGUUCCAGCCCAUCUGGUCCUUUCCCUCCUGGGGCUACAUCUUUCUUUCCAUUUUUUGGUGCACCGGGGUCUCAAGGGACCUCUGGACAUAACCCGCAAACUACACCUGGUCAAACUCCACCUUUUCCCUUCAACACACCCGUGUCAGAUGCAGUGCCCAUCACUUCUUUUCGGGCAUCGUCUCCUCCAAGAGCUGGAGCCACUUCUUAUCAUCAUUCAAGAGCUGCAAAUGGAGAUACAACAUCAUCUGGGAGGGUCACCAGAAGAAGUGCUAAAUCACAACUUCAAGAUGGUGUUGCAGGGGAAGCUGGGAACGGUAAUGCUGAGGGGGAAAGGACUAGGUUCCGGAAAAAGGGUUCUAUGGAUCCAGAAGUAGAUGAUAUUCUCACAUCUUUUAAUAUCAUAGAAUUCAAUUCCGCUAGGCAAAAUGAUGGUGACAAGGACUCAGUUGAAUAUGUACUACUGAUAUUUGAUUUACUACGAAGGAAGAUUGCACAGAUUGAAGACUCAAAGGUCUCCUCCCCUGGAGUAAUCAAACGCCCUGACCUAAGAGCUGGUACAUUCUUGAUGACAAAAAAUAUACGAACAAAUGCUACGAAGAGAAUGGGAUCUGUGCCUGGAGUUGAAGUUGGGGAUAUUUUCUUUUUCAGGUUUGAGCUUUGCUUGGUGGGAUUGCAUUCACCAUCAAUGGCUGGAAUUGAUUAUCUUAGGGUGAAUCUGCAAGAAGAGCCUGUAGCUGUCAGCGUUGUUUCAUCUGGAGGAUACGAGGAUGAUGUAGAGGACGGGAAUGUAUUAAUAUACAGUGGUCAAGGUGGGAAUCUAAAUAUAGAUCAGAAGCUUGAAAGGGGUAAUCUUGCUUUGAAGAAUGGCUUGGACAGGGGUAAUGAAGUGAGAGUAAUCCGGGGUGUGAAGGAUCUAGCAAGUCUUGGGAAAGUUUAUGUCUACGACGGUCUUUAUAAAGUUGAGGAGUCAUGGGUGGAAAAAGGAAGAUCUGGUUGCAAUGUGUUUAAGUUUAAAUUAAUUAGACUCCGUGGUCAGCCUGAAGCAUUCACGACGUGGAAAUUGAUUCAGCAAUGGAAAGAUGGCAUCUCUUCAAGAAUUGGGGUUAUCUUGCCUGAUCUUACUUCUGGGGCUGAGAGUUUACCUGUUUCCCUGGUAAAUGAGGUUGACAAUGAGAAGGGCCCAGAAUACUUCACGUAUUUUUCCACUAUCAAGUAUUCAAAAGAAGCAAAUUCAGCAGAUUCUUCUAGUGGCUGUGCCUGUGCUGGUGGUUGUCUGCCUGGUAAUCUGAACUGUUAUUGCAUUCAGAAAAAUGGAGGCUAUCUUCCAUAUGUUGCAAAUGGGGUUGUUGCAAACGCAGGGCAAUUAAUUUAUGAGUGUGGACCUUCCUGCCUGUGCCCUCCUAAUUGCAAGAACCGAGUAUCCCAAGGAGGCUUGAAAGUUCGCUUCGAAGUUUUUAAAACUAAGGAUAAAGGUUGGGGUUUGCGAUCCUGGGACCCCAUUCGAGGCGGAGCUUAUAUAUGUGAAUAUGCAGGGGAAGCCAUUGAUAAUUCUAAGGUCGAGGCUCUACACAGUGACAUGGAUGAUUACCUUUUUGAUGCUACCCGCUCUUGUCCUCCGAUCCUGCCCAGUGAUUCCAAUGAGGCUCCAAAGUUGCCAUUUCCUUUAGCUAUUAGUGCAAAGAAUAUUGGGAAUGUAGCUCGUUUUAUGAAUCACAGUUGCUCUCCGAAUGUAAUCUGGCAGCCGGUUUUACGCACAAACAAUAGGGAGUCGGAUCUCCAUGUUGCGUUUCAUGCCGUUAGACACAUCCCUCCAAUGACUGAGUUAACAUAUGAUUAUGGGAUGGUCCCGCCUGAAGAAAUGGGCAGGCAGAAGAAACUUUGCUUAUGUGGGUCUUCAAAGUGCAGAGGAUUUUUCCAUUGAAGCUAUGCUUACUGGAUAAUUUCGAUGUGGAUUGUCCUUUGUAACUUGAGCCUCAGAGGGAAGAUGUAUCAAGAUGGAUAGUUAGCAUGUUCAAUGGUGCAAAGUUUGAACUCCUUUGAUCUGUUUUGCUUCUGAUGUCCCUAUACUGUGGUGAGCCUGUUUCUUUGUCAAAAAAUGAUAUCCCGAUGGGAGAAUUUGUUGGUUAUGGUCUGAUUCUUCUUCCUGGCUAAAAUGGAAUUUGUAGUUGUCCGGUUUGAUGCGAGAAAAGCAGUUGGCAUGAGUUGAUGGCGCGAUAGCUGAUUGCAGGGGACUUAUGGUUUUGGAUCAAGUAGGAUGCAAGUUUGUAUUUGUACUGAAGAUGAAUGAAAAGGCUGUGUACAAAAAUUCCUUA